AAUAAUUACUAGGUAAAAUAAAAAUCUGUCUGGGUCGAAGACGGUUUCCUUUGGCAUGGAAUCCAUAAGUUAUAGAUGUAUUUUUUAGGGUCUAUAUCGUGAAGAUGAUAGAUUUGGUCCAGGCAUUUAUACCGAUGCCGCAGGUUAUCAGAAUGUUGGUAUUUGGUUAUCUUCUAAAUUAAUUCGGUUGUCCAGAACCUUUGAACCUGAGGAAAUGAUACCUCGUUUGGCCGUUAAAGAUGAGGAUAAAAUUAGAAUUUUACAGUAUCGUCAAAUUGUGAAACUACAAAAGGAUACUGAAAAACAUUUGGCAGAAAACUUAAUCGAAUCCCUUAUGCAUUUACGAAAUUUUGACAAAAAUGCUCUGAAACGAGCCAGCGAACUGUACAACCCACAGUGUAAAGACAACAGGGCGUUGUGGUUCAACAAACCAAGGUACGAUGAGACAUUUUUUGGAAAUGAAACCGAGCAAUUUACAAUAGAUGUUCUUAUGACGGAAGAGGAAAUUCGGUUAAAAAUUGCCGAAAAUGAAGAAAAAAGCAUUACUACUUUGAAAGAUUUGGCCAAUGAUACUACACCACAGAUUCACGAAUCAAAAGUUGUUCGCGAAGUAUUACAUGAUUCGGUAGAUUAUAUUAGAGAUGAUUUCAAUGACGACAAACACGUUGAAAUAUCAAACAAGGAUGAAAAUAAAGAAAACGAAUCUGAUUAUUGCGGUAUAAAGCCAGCACAAAUUCAUUCACAAAUUAUGAAUGGCACGUUGUUCAUGGGCAUAAAUCAUGAAGAACAGUGGAACAUAUUUCAGAACUCUGCUCUCACUAUACCGCCAAAACUUUCAAAGUACGAGAGUUCAGAUGUGAAUUCCUUGCCUGAAGAACAGCUUCAAAGUUUAAGUAAAAAGGAAUCCUCGGUUGAAGAAUUUGAUGACUUUGGACGAAUAAAAAUCACAGGAAUGCAAUACACGAAGAAAGUAUUAGUCACUGACCUGAUUGCUUGGAACAAUAGUCCAAUAUCCAUUGAAGUGCUGAAACACGUUUUCAAGCAUCAUAAGUUUGAGAAAACAUUGAGCUUUGACGUGAGUAAAGUCCUGGCUGGUAGACGAGGUUCAUUCAGACAAGAGGGAGCUCACGAAAAGGCUGCAGUAGACUUAUUGAAAGCAUGCUCCGAUGGUUUUCACAAAAGUAUCAUGGGGUUAAUUUCAUCGCAAAACUUAUACCCAGAUGUUGCUGACAGUAGAGGGAACACAGGCUUGUUAUUUGCAGCAGCCAGAGAUAAAUUGGAAGUGAUAGACGUACUAUUAGAUCUUGGCGCAAAUAUUGACGCCAUAAAUGACGAAUGUUUGACGCCACUUUCCUUGUGCAUCUUACGACUGCUAGAAUUGAUACACGGUGUGAGUAAUUGGUCGGAUGCAUUUUUACCAAAGAGAACGAUUUCCGAACAGACGGUUGACAAUGAUUUUAUGACAUUUAAAAACUAUGAACAGUGGCACGGAAGAAUAAGCUACGAGUCACUCGUGCAACGGACACCGAAACAGAUGGAUUUGACUCCGGCACCAACAAAAAAUGCACUAUCAGAAUUUGAGCCAGAGUAUUUCUCUAAUACUGGCGAAUCAGGGUCAGGUACGAAUGCAAUGAACGCCAUGACAGAUAAUGCAGGUCCAAUAAAGUUAUCAGAUCCCACAAAUCAGCAUAAAAGCAUAGACAGUCUAUUAAACAAAAAACAUGCGGGCGUACAAGAUAAUCAUCACAUAAGUGUAGCAGCUAGUCAAGCACAGAUCCAGAAAUACAUUUUCGACAUGUCACCUAUCAAUGAAAUAUUUGUUUCUCAGAGAGAAUCGAAAAUCGGUAAAACUAAACGCAAAAAUAAAAUUGGAACUAAAACUACAGAUAAUGAAAAGCCAACAGAUAGAAAAUUAUUAUCUAAAAGUACCAAGCCGUUAAUGGAACUGGAAAAAAAUAACAACAAUAAUAAUACAGAAAUCUGUGCAAAAAUCGAAAAAGUACGUGCUACAAUAUCGAAACUUUUACAACGAGGCGCUGAUCCAAACUUUGCAGAAGUACCUUACCCUGUUACAAUCAUGGCAAUUUUUACCAAAACACCAUGUCUUCUCUCAGAACUAUUAGAGUACGGGGCGGAUCCUGAUAUCACAUUAUCUAAAGUUGAUCACUAUUUUACACCGCUGCUGAUCCUGGCUACUCUUCAACCGGCUUACGAAAAUGCACUUAUGGCAAAAGUUUUACUAAAGGCCAAGGCAAAUCCAAGUGUAAGAGCUGAUUCUGACUACAGAUCAGACUUAAUGGAACGUUUGAGACAAAAUAGACGUGCAGAAUUUCUCGACUGUCACCAAGGCAUGACUGCCUUGCAUCUUUUGGCUGUUAGACACGAUAUGGAUGCAGACAAAAAUGAAUACUUAGGGACACUCAUCAAAGCCUUCUAUCAAUAUGGACGUAUCGAAAGCAGUGAUUUAUAUCAAGGACAUUCCCCAUUGUCCUUAGCAAUCUUCGAAGGUAAUUUUGCCGCGGCAAAAGCAAUUUUAAGAUCCACGUACGUCGAUGUCAACGAACAGUUGGGUGUAGAUUUGGGCAAUGCUAUGUUGAUGCUAGAAUCUCGUGUAUUGCAAGAAAUCUUGCCACCUGAACUUUUGCAAAAAUUUCUCGAGCUGCUAUUACAGUACGGAGGCUGUCCAUUUGUGUCAGUUAACGUAUUAGGAGAAGACUAUAACCAAAUAGAAUACGGAAAGAAAGAAUUGAUAAUGUUGUCCAAUCCAGCUGAGAGUACAACAGAAGUUAAAGAGAAAAGAAAGAAGGCAAUUGCGUCGAAAAGAUCCAAAUCCUCAAAGAUAUCUACAGCAACGAAUUUUGCUAAAAGCAUGAAUUUCAUUGAAACAGUGGCUAAGGAAAAAUUGAUAAGAAGAAUCAAAGCAAAUCUUGUUCGAAGCUUGAUGGACUUGCGUAUUAUGCUCUUGCCUUCAGAAAACCGAUUAGCAUUGCUUAAGGAGCCAUUAUUUAAGUAUGCGGAAGCUUGGAUGAAUGCAGAAGAUUUGGCUAUUAUUAUGGAAACUAUGAACUACAGUCGUAGUAACGUCCAGGAAUUAAUGAGGCUCUUUGUAAUGGCACGUAUACCAGCUUACGAAAAAAUGGUACCUGAAAUAAAUACACUGAUAGACAAUGAAACAGAAACAAUAAUGAACAGCAUAAUGCCGCUGUCAGGCCCAAAAAAAAAUGUUGCAUCAGCUGCAGAUUAUAAAGUGGAAAGAGCCAGUUUUGGUACAGAAACCAAGAACUUUGAUUCAAUUGUAGUGUAUCCACCUGAGACAGAUCCUAACAGUAAUAAGUUUAAAGUGUGUUUCGAGUGCCUCGGUAUUCAUGGAAAAGUUUUGAUCGUAUGUCCCAUGUGUAAGCAAUUGUAUUUUUGUUCGCAAGAGUGUAACGAGAAAAAUGUUACACUGGAGGCAAAUCUUCAUCAAUGCCCGAUUUAUUACCAAAAGGAAUGGACCAGACUGGAGAGAAUUGCCAAGAUUUUAGGCACCGACCCAAUAAACUAUAUGCUAGCGAAGUUUGAAAAUCCGAAGCUGUACACUGAUCUUGAAAAAAAAAGUGGACAAUUUAUAGAAGAUAGAGAAAAUCAUUUUGGUGAGCUAAUCGAAAACAAAGCUGAUGGUGAUAAUGUGAAGACUAGAAAAAGGCAACGGCCUAGUCUUAAAUUUGAAGUAAACAAAGAGGGUGAUGGCGGUGAAAUUAAUUCAAAAUUCAUCGUCAAAGGUGGAAGAUUAUUAAAAAACGACAUUGACGAGAAAAAUGUUGGUGAGAUGAAAAUCUUCAGCAAGGAUGUCCAUGAGAGUUAUAAGAAUGUCAAUUUCAAGGAUAAGAAAAUCGACAAUAGCAAUAUGAAAUCAAAGAAGAAAGGAGACAAAACUGGACACGAAACUAUGAGUAAUAAAAUGAAUAGUGAUAAGGUAUAUGAGAUUCUAUUGGAAAAGGGCAAAAAAGAUCAUGUCAGCGAUAAUUACAAAAUUGAGAAUGGUGGCGGUUACGAUAGAAAAUAUAAGGAAACAAGUAAAAAAGGUAUUAAGCUUCGUAAGAACGAAGUCAAAGACAACAGCUCAAAGUUUAAAAAUAAAGGUAGUAAUUCGAAAUGGAAGAAAGUUGAUCAGAGAGAAAAUUACAUUGAUAACAGAGAUCGUGUACAAAGAAAACGCGAGGAUAAACUAAAUAAAGAAGAUUGGAUAAAACACACGGAUAAAAAAACUAAUGAACUGCCAUCACACACUGUAAAAUCAUCAAAUACGAAACACAGACACGUAGUUGAAAAUAAUAUUCCACAAAAAUAUUUCGAUUGGUUACUAAAAAUUAGUAACUCUGUAGGAAGAAAUCUGGAUACUGAUAUGCUUCUACUUCCUUAUGUAGUUUUUGCACAAGGUGAUACAUAUUUCAGAAUACUACCAGGCGAACAAUAUUCCAAGUCUGCAGGAAAUUAUAGUCUGAUUUAA